AUGUGACUGACACAUCAAGCAUGUCUUGGGAUGUUCAACGUGCAGACCUCUCGAGUGUCAGAUGUGCAAGGAAAGUGUCCGCAGAUCAAAAAAGUGAGGAGAUCGGAGCAAGUGUUUCAAUGGACACGGAUUUUCACAUGGGUGCGUUUGAUAAAGUGAAAGAAAAGGAGACUAAUUCUGAAAGCGAAAAUGAGUUUCCGGAUUCCUGUUAUGAUGAUGACGAUGAUGAUGAUGAAGACGACGACGACGAUGAUGAUGAUGAUGAUGAUGACGAUGAUGAUGAUGAUGACGACGACGACGAAGACGACGAAGAUGAUGAGGAGGAGGAGGAGAAGGACGGUGAAAGGGGUAACCUGUUAUAUCCCAGCCCGAAUCGUUUGAUUUUUGACAUGACGUCGAGGUUGAGCUCACCCCUUCAAGAUCAUAUCAAUCACCAUGUUCAUGCAAAUGAAGAUGUUACAAGUCGGAACGAAAACGUCACAGUUAGAAGUGGUAUUUCUGGUGUAAAAUCGUCGGUGUCUUCUGGGGAUAUUAUGGACAACAUACAUUUGACAGACGAUGAUCCUGUCGAUCUUUCCGCUUUUGAGCACAUGUGCUCUGUGUUUCACAGUACAUCUGACCCUCACGGUAUCACUGUUGCAUGUAAUUACACGUCUUACCAGGAAGUACAUGCGGAUUCCAUCGGGGCAUCUGCUAGCGGUAAUGGAGCAGUAGCCGAGUCCUGUUCCGAUGCGAAGUCCAUCGACCCGAUGUCAGAGCUGACGUCUAUUCAAUCAAGCGGUCUGGUAGCGCAAGCAGACGAAGACACAAGUCGCAUGAGCUCCUUCAAAAGAUUAUCUGCAGUACGCUACACAAGCCCUUCUCAAGAAAGUACAGAGUCUUCAACUGGUUAUUCCAAUGGCCUGGAACAGUUCAGUCUGGCAUGGAAUAGAAUAUCUGCGACAAGUGGGCUGUUGAUUAAACCCAGUGCAGAUGGAACGUUCCGGGUGGAAACCCAUGCCCCAUCAAUCUAUACAAAUGAAAGUGAUAGUAGGAUCAACGUGACGUCUCCUAAAUCAAUGACUUCGAGCAAUAGAAACAGAUCUGUAUCAAGUGGUCUUUUUCGUUUCCAGUUUACCGUGAAUGACCCAACUAACCUCAACCAGCAUCGAGGGACAGAGAGUCAUGCUAAGUGGGCACCGCCUUGUGUUUUUGGGCUUCCUACAAAAAGAGACGCAGGGACGCAAAUCUUUGCUUCAAAUAGUUCCCAGAAUCCGGACAUAAAUGACACAACGUAUAUUACUCGAAAUACGAUGUCAUUUCGGAGCGUCACAGCAUCACUACCACAAGAAAGUCAAGUUUCUAAUGUGAAUACAUACAGAAAAGGGACCGCUUGCAGCGGAUUUGGAACUUUUGUUCGUGGACAAUCGACUUCCGGAAGUGGAUAUUGGACAACUCUUGCACGCAUUAAAUGUGAACAGAGUCCGCACAACUCUUUUGAUGGCACUUGUAGUGGAUCUUCUGAAUCAACUGCAGGAUUUGCGAAUGCGUUUCUGGUCAGAACGAGUUCCGCAAAUAAAAGCAAGGGCUUUUCCAACCCGGUUCUCCAGGCACGAGAUCUCGUGUUUCGAUUGUUCUCAAAUGGUUUCGAAUGAACAAACUAACAUAUGGUCAUACAUGAAUUUAGUUUGUCAUUUGUUCAAUUAUAUUAACGUGAAUUCAUGUGUUUUAAAGUGGUGAUGUUUAAUAUGGAAAUAAAGUAUGUUUGUA